GUGGAUUUAAACGCCGUCCUCACAUCAGACACACCCAGACAGACAGCAGGACUGAGCGGAGACCAGCGGCAGCAUGAAGCUGAUCUGAGACUCCAUCAUAACUGACAACAAACAUCUUCAUGAGGAUGAGAGACGGAAGACGAGGAGACUUCUGACUUCAACUCUGACGGAGAACGGAAUCCAAAGCAUCACAGAAUCAAAGAACCGGGUGGAGUCAGCUGGACGGAAGUCCUGGACUCCAACAAUUGGUGCCGUGACCCGGAUUCUUCUUCGGAACCACGAUCUCUCCAGACGGGCCUGUCUUCACCACCCAACGACAAAGGAGCUCCAAUAAAGAGGUGGAUUUAAACGGCGUCCUCACAUCAGACACACUCAGACAGACAGCAGGACUGAGCGGAGACCAGCGGCAGCAUGAAGCUGAUCUGAGACUCCAUCAUAACUGACAACAAACAUCUUCAUGAGGAUGAGAGACGGAAGACGAGGAGACUUCUGACUUCAACUCUGACGGAGAACGGAAUCCAAAGCAUAGUCAAACAUCUCACCUGAAUCAAACAUGUCAGCUCCUCACCGUGGAUUUUCCAGGGACUCUAUGAACACAGAGUGAAAGAUCAGUGAGAGAAAUCAGACUCUUCACAAGGUCAAAGAUGAGCUCUGAUCCAGAAGUCCUCCUGGGAAUUCUGGAUGAUUUGGGAGAUGAAGACUUUAGAAGAUUCAAGUGGUAUUUUUGGCACGGUGGAGCUCUUGAAGGGUUCAAACCAAUCCCCAAGAGUAAAGUGGAGACAUUGAAUAGGGAGGACACAGUGGACAAGAUAUUUGACACCUACAGUGACCGAACUCUUGAAGUCACUAAAAUGGUUUUAGAGAAAAUGCAGACAAAGGGUAAAAGUGAUGAACACACCAAAAAGACCUCAGAACCUGAAGUAAAUAAAGGGGAACACCAUCCUGAAGAGGCUCAUUUGUCAGAAAAAUCUCAGGAGUGUCAGAAAGAACUCAAGUCCAACCUGAACAGGAGGUUCCGGAGUGUGUUUGAGGGAGUCGCGAUACAAGGAGAGUCCACCCUCCUGAACCAGAUCUACACAGAGCUCCACAUCACAGAGGGAGGGGCUGCAGAGGUCAAUCAGGAACAUGAGGUCAGACAGAUUGAAGCAGCAUCCAGGACAGCAGACAGAGCAGAAACAAGCAUCAGACCAGGAGACAUCUUUAAAGCCUCACCUGGAAGAUCUCAACCAAUCAGAAGAGUGCUGACAAAGGGAGUGGCUGGCAUUGGGAAAACAGUCCUGACUCAGAAGUUCACUCUGGACUGGGCUGAAGACAAAGACAACCAGGACGUCCACUUCAUAUUUCCAUUCACCUUCAGAGAGCUGAAUGUGAUGAAGGAGGAGAAGUUCAGCUUGGUGGGACUUGUUCAUCACUUCUUCAGUGAAACAGAAGAAGCAGGAAUCUGUAGUUUUAAGAAACUCCAAGUGAUCUUCAUCUUUGAUGGUCUGGAUGAGUGUCGACUCCCUCUGGACUUCCACCACACUAAGUUCCUGACUGACAUUAGAAAGUCCACCUCAGUGGAUGUUCUGCUGAUAAACCUCAUCAGGGGGAAACUGCUUCCCUCUGCUCGCCUCUGGAUCACCACACGACCUGCAGCAGCCAAUCAGAUCCCUGCUGACUGUGUGGACAUGGUGACAGAGGUCCGAGGGUUCACCGACCCCCAGAAGGAGGAGUACUUCAGGAGGAGGUUCAGAGAGGAGGAGCAGGCCAGCAGGAUCAUCUCCCACAUCAAGACCUCCCGAAGCCUCCACAUCAUGUGCCACAUCCCGGUCUUCUGCUGGAUCACUGCUGAAGUUCUGGAGGAGGAGCUGAAGAGCAGAGAGGGAGGAGAGCUGCCCAAGAACCUGACUGAGGUGUACAUCCGCCACCUGGUGAUGCAGGUUACAAGGAACAAGGUCAAGUAUGAUGGAGGAGCUGCCGCAGAUCCACACUGGAGUCCAGAGAGCACGGAGAUGAUAGAGUCUCUGGGAAAACUGGCUUUUGAUCAUCUGCAGAAAGGAAACCUGAUCUUCUAUGAACGUGAUCUGAUAAAAUGUGGCAUUGACCGUGAGGUAGCCUUAAAGUACUCAGGAAUGUUCACACAGAUCUUUAAAAAGGAGAAAGGCCUCCGGGACAAGGUGUUCCACUUCAUCCAUCUGACCUUUCAGGAGUUUCUGGCUGCUCUUCAUGUCCAUCAAACCUUCAUCAACUCUGGAAUCAACCUGCUGGAAGAACAACAAACAUGGUGGUUGUCAAACCUGUGGAAGCAGGAACCUAAACUCCACCAUGUCCAUCAGAGAGCAGUGGACGAGGCCUUGAAAAGUCCCAAUGGACACCUGGACUUGUUCCUCCGCUUCCUCCUGGGUCUUUCACUGGAGACCAAUCAGAGUCUCCUUCGAGGUCUGCUGACACAGACAGGAAGUAGCUCACAGUCCAAUCAGAAAACAGUGAAGUACAUCAAGAAGAAUCUGAGUGAGAGUCUGUCUGCAGAGAGAAGCAUCAAUCUGUUCCACUGUCUGAAUGAACUGAAUGAUGGUUCUCUGGUGGAGCAGAUCCAACAGUCCCUGAGAUCAGGAAGUCUCUCCACAGAUAGACUGUCUCCUGCUCAGUGGUCAGCUCUGGUCUUCAUCUUACUGUCAUCAGAAGAAGAUCUGAAGGAGUUUGACCUGAAGAAAUACUCUGCUUCAGAGGAGGCUCUUCUGAAGCUGCUGCCAGUGGUCAAAGCCUCCAACAAAGCUCUGUUGAGCGGCUGUGGUCUGUCAGAGAGAAGCUGUGGAGCUUUGUCCUCAGUUCUCAGCUCUCAGUCCUCCAGUCUGACACAUCUGGACCUGAGUAACAACGAGCUGCAGGAUUCAGGAGUGAAGCGUCUGUCUCUUGGACUGGAGAGUCCUCACUGUAAACUGGAAGCUCUCAGGUUGAGCGGCUGUGGUCUGUCAGAGAGAAGCUGUGGAGCUCUGUCCUCAUUUCUCAGCUCUCAGUCCUCCAGUCUGACACAUCUGGACCUGAGUAACAACGACCUGCAGGAUUCAGGAAUGGAACCUCCUUCUGCUGCAGUGGAGGAUCCACACUGCUCACUGGAGACUCUCAGGUUGAGCUGCUGUGGUCUGUCAGAGAGAAGCUGUGGAGCUCUGUCCUCAGUUCUCAGCUCUCAGUCCUCCAGUCUGACACAUCUGGACCUGAGUAACAACGAGCUGCAGGAUUCAGGAGUGAAGCGUCUCUCUCUUGGACUGGAGAGUCCUCACUGUAAACUGGAAGCUCUCAGGUUGAGCGGCUGUGGUCUGUCAGAGAGAAGCUGUGGAGCUCUGUCCUCAGUUCUCAGCUCUCAGUCCUCCAGUCUGACACAUCUGGACCUGAGUAACAACGACCUGCAGGAUUCAGGAGUGAAGCGUCUGUCUCUUGGACUGGAGAGUCCUCACUGUAAACUGGAAGCUCUCAGUCUGUCAGGGUGUCUGGUCUCAGAGGAAGGCUGUGCUUCUCUGGUCUCAGCUGUGAGAUCCAAGUCCUCCCAUCUGAGAGAGCUGGACCUGAGCUACAACCAUCCAGGAGACUCAGGAGUGAAGGAGCUGUCAGCAGCAGUGGAGGAUCCACACUGCUCCCUGGAGACUCUCAGGGUGGACCAUGGUGGACAGCAGGGAAUUCAGCAGAUCACAAACUUCAAGGGUCAUACAAACUCAGGAGUGGUCCCGAGCACCGCACUAGCAGAGGAGUUGAACACCUUCUUUGCACGCUUUGAGACCCCCGCCCAAAAGGCUGCAGUCACAUCCCCCCAGCCACAUCCAACUUCCAGCUCCCAAGCACUGACUGUGCAGGCACAUGAAGUGGAAAGGGUGCUGAAAAAGGUGAACCCCAGUAAAGCUUCUGGACCGGACGGUGUACCGGGGAAGGUGCUCAAGGCCUGCGCCACACAACUCUCGCAGGUCUUCACCAAAAUCAUUAACCUCUCCCUGACACAGUCCACCAUCCCAGCGUGCCUGAAGUCUGCCACCAUGAUCCCAGUGCCAAAGAAAUCUGCCACCACCAGCCAUAAGGACCACCGCCCAGUGGCACUCACACCCAUCAUCACUAAGUGCCUGGAACGGCUGGUUCUCAACCACAUCAUGUCCUGCCUUCCUGCCUCUCUCGACCCCUACCAGUUCGCUUACAGAGCAAACAGGUCAACAGAGGAUGCCAUAGCCAUCACACUGCACAUUGCGCUGAGCCACUUAGAACAUCGGGAGAGCUACGUCAGGAUGCUCUUCGUUGACUUCACCUCAGCCUUUAAUACCAUCAUCCCCGACACCCUGGUCAGGAAACUGAUCGAUCUGGGACUCCCCCCACUCACCUGCACCUGGAUCAAAGAUUUCCUGACAAACCGACCCCAGACGGCUAAACUGGGGCCCCAUCAGUCCUCCACCCGGUCACUGAGCACAGGCUCUCCACAAGGGUGUGUGCUGAGUCCACUGCUCUACACCCUCUACACCACGGACUGCAGCCCCGCCCACUCCAGCAACACCAUCAUUAAGUUUGCGGAUGAUACAACGGUGGUGGGACUGAUCACCAGGGGCGAUGAGUCUGCCUACAGGGAUGAAGUCCUGAAACUGGCUGAGUGGUGCUCGGCAAACAACCUGUCUCUGAACACCACAAAGUCCAAAGAAGUCAUCGUGGACUUUAGGAAACGCAGGUCUGAUCCACCUCCCCUUUUCAUACACGGGGAUCCAGUGGAGAGGGUCCACACCUUCACCUUCCUGGGCACUGUGAUCACCGACAACCUCUCCUGGUCUGCAAACACCUCAGCUGUCUUUAAGAGGGCACAGCAGCGUCUGCACUUCCUGAGAGUUCUCAGGAAAAGUAACAUCUGUGAGAAGCUGCUGGUGACCUUCUACCGCUCCACCGUCGAGAGCAUCCUGACCUACUGCAUCACCGUGUGGUUCUCCCACUGCACCGAGGCAGACAGGCAGAGACUACAAAGAGUGAGACUUAUUCACAUCCCGCUGCCUCAGCAGAGCUGA